AUGGAAACGCCUCAGAAACCUAAAAGUAGAAAUUCCAUUGACCCAGCUAUUCCCAAGAGAGAAAAUAAAAUAGUUAUAAGUAUAAAAAUAUUUUUUACUUUUUUAAAAAAAAUACUUUUUUCCACAGCAAGUGAAGAUGUUAAAGAGAUCUUUGCCAGAGCCAGAAAUGGAAAAUACAGACUUCUGAAAAUAUCUAUUGAAAAUGAGCAGCUUGUGGUUGGAUCAUGUAGUCAGCCUUCAGCUUCCUGGGAUAAGGAUUACGACGCCUUCAUUCUGCCCCUGUUGGAGGACAAGCAGCCAUGUUAUAUAUUAUUCAGGUUAGAUUCUCAGAACGCCCAAGGGUACGAGUGGAUAUUCAUUGCGUGGUCUCCAGAUCAUUCCCAUGUCCGUCAGAAAAUGUUGUACGCAGCAACAAGAGCAACUCUGAAAAAGGAGUUUGGUGGUGGCCACAUUAAAAACGAAGUAUUUGGUACAGUAAAGGAGGACGUGUCGUUGCACGGGUAUAAGAAGUAUCUGCUGUCCCAGUCUUCCCCCGCGCCCCUGACUGCAGCGGAGGAAGAGUUACGCCAGAUCAAAAUCAAUGAGGUACAAGCUGACGUUGGUGUGGACACGAAGCAUCAAACACUACAGGGAGUAGCAUUUCCUAUUUCCCGAGAAGCUUUUCAAGCUUUAGAAAAACUGAACAGCAGACAGUUGAACUACGUGCAAUUGGAAAUUGAUUUAAAAAAUGAAAUUAUCGUUUUGGCCAAUACGACAAAUACAGAACUAAAAGAUUUGCCAAAGAGGAUUCCCAAAGAUUCAGCACGUUAUCAUUUCUUUCUGUAUAAACACUCGCACGAAGGAGACUACUUAGAGUCCAUAGUUUUUAUUUAUUCGAUGCCGGGAUACACGUGCAGCAUACGAGAGCGGAUGCUGUACUCCAGCUGCAAGAGCCCGCUGCUCGACAUUGUGGAAGGACAGCUGCAGAUGGAGGUGGUCAGAAAGAUCGAGAUAGACAAUGGGGAUGAACUGACUGCCGACUUCCUUUACGAGGAAGUACAUCCCAAGCAGCACGCACAUAAGCAGAGUUUUGCAAAACCCAAAGGUCCUGCAGGAAAAAGAGGAAUACGAAGACUUAUUAGGGGUCCAGCUGAAACAGAAGCGACUACUGAUUAAAACUGUUGUCUUAAACAUUGCAAUACUAGUUUUUAAAAUUUCAGCUUUUAGUACAGGAAAACUGAAAUCAUUCCGUGUUAUAUAGUAGAGAGAAAAAUUGUACUUUUUGAAGAAUAGCACUUUUCACUUCUAUGUUUUUAAAAUUAAUGUUAUAGCAGCUCAUGAUUUCUGUUUUUGAGUUAAAGCUAGAGUUUCGACAUAGGAUGUUUAAUUUUGUCGCAGUUUUCAUAGUGUUGAUUCCACACUUUCACAUGAUUCUUAAAAUUUUAUAUAAUUGGAUCAGCUUGAGAAAGCCUGACAUCUUAAAGUAGGGUAUAUUUCUUAUUACUCCUUAGUGAGACAUCUGUUUUUUUGCUUUUUCUUUUUAAAGAAGCAGGAAGACCUUAAAAUAUUCAUACUCCUUGCUGAAUAUGUUAUGGACCAGGUUAGGUUCUUUUCUAAGCUGAAAACUCAGUGUGCCUCAGAAAGGUGGGAAGUUGCCUACUCUAGGAGCAUGCCGUCAGACUGGGAGCGGGUCUGCGACUUUCACAAAUAAUGCUUUAUUGCAGCAGUUCUUUAGAUUUGACUCUUUGGGGUUUUUUUUAUGGCAUUAAGAUUGAUCAGCUCACUCUGAAACUCGGGUACCAGACAUUUUCUGUACUGCAGAAUUUCUGUUUCCAUUGACUUUACACUGUCUUAGUAAAUUCUUUCUGUAGUACUUUAAACAUAUGUUUCUUUGUAGAGUAAGUCAUUUCGUUCUAAGUACUGUAAAACCAAAUAUUUAUGUUCAGAUUAAAAUUUAAAUUGGUCUCAUUCAAAAGGAAACAAAGCUAAAGUAAAAAUGUUAAAAACUUUCAGAAUUUUUUUCUCCAGAACUGUGUAUUUAUAGGGAAAUUGUGUCCUUUAUCACUUUUUAGUAAAUAUGCAAAAUGAAAAUCGUUUUAAAGUCCUAGUGCUAAACAGCCUACCACAGAUAAACACUUAGCCUACAAAUCUUGUUUCAAUUUAGUACUUUAUUUCAAGACAUGUUUUCCUCUAGACUUGUAUCUUCAUUUACAACCUAGAGAGAUUUGAGCCUCAUAUUUCUUUGAUACUUGAAAUAGAGGGAGCUGGAACACUUCAUAUUUAAUCUGUUAAACCUGCUGCGGAGCCAUAACUGGGAGGAAUUUUCUAAGUGAACUGUGGGUAUCCAGGAUUUGGAAUUUCUCGACCCAAACUUCAUGCUGCAUAAAACAAAUGUUAGAAAUACACAUUUCAUAGUAUAAAAUACGAAGCAUUCAUUGCUAAAUCUUAAUGUCUAAGGUAAUACAUAUACCUUUCAGAAACUCCAUGUGUGUUGAAGUAAAACAUCGCUGUAGGCCAGAGCUGAGGCUGUGCUUUGCAGUCAGGCCCGUCACCUGUCGGGAGAGUACAAGAUAGCUCACUAGUGAGGGUCUCUCCAGUGAGAUUCGUGUGCAGCUACACGCAAAAUUCCACUACACUACGGGAUAGUAAAUGGACAUUCCAGAACACAGAUGUGAUCACAGCAUCUUAAACUAAUCAUUAGACCGAUGAUUGCUGAGAAUCAGUGAUGCGUUUGUUUUAGACUCUAACUCAUUGUUUAUAUUAUGUUUUAGGUGGCACUAGAUGGUGAAUAACGUUUUCCCAAUAAAUUUAUAUAGCAGUCAAAAAUUACACGCCCUCUGUGGACAUUUUAUAAGUGCAUUUUAUAUCGCAAUAAAAAUUUUUUCUCUUCAA